UACCACCACCAACCACCCUUGAGGCCUCCAGUUCCUCCCCAGGGUCCAUGGUUCCCCAACCAAUUUCAAUACUCUGCAUCCCCGACUCCUCCUCCGCCUCCGUCGCAGUGGGGACCGCCGCCGCCUCACUCCGACCAUGCUCCGCCUCCUCCUCCUCCUCCUGGUGCUUAUCCUCCACCUCCUCAUCCUUAUGCUUCGCAACCUAUGCACCACAACCCCUUCCCGCCUCCUCGCCCUCCUAUGUAUCAGCACCUUCCUCCUCAUUCUCAGGUUCCGCAGCCUUAUUCGCAGGAAUGGAACAAUCCGAAUUGGGCUCCGCACCAAGGCUGGGAAUAUCGAGCCCAAAGCAAUGAAGAAGAUUGGGCCGCCAGAGCUAGGGCAUGGGCAGAUGCGAAGACUGCAAUGGAGAGUCAGCAAUCUCAGUUUGCACCUACAGGAAGACUUGAAGAACAGAACUAUUAUCAUGAUCAGUAUUCACAGCCAAUUAAUUCAAAUCAUCCAGAUAUGUCUCAUCAACCUCUUCCACCUACAAUCUAUGACCAGUUUCCAGCUUCAGCCACAUCUGUUGCCCGGCCACCAGCAACUCAUCACUUGGACUCCACACCUGUUACUGUUAGCAGGGAACAAUCUUCUUAUCCUUCAGAUGGGCGUCCAACAUACGCUGUUGGUGAUGUUAGUUAUGGAGGCAACAUGAGCGCUGCUUUACAUCGUCAAGGAAAGUUAUCUUCAAGUCCAUCGGUUCAUCAGCAGGAGGUACCUUCUAGUAAUUAUUCUGUUACAGGGAAAGAAGAUACUAUAGAUCAAAAUGUACAGUCUUUCAAAUCACUACCUCUGCAAAAUUCAUCAGUUCAUGAUGGACCGCAGCAUUUCCAACCACCUAAUCCUCCGCCCUAUCCAUAUGGCAAUGAGCCAGGGCCAGUUGGUCCUGUAACGAAUCUUGCAGAUCAGCCUUUAGAUUUUGCUCCUAGGUUCAGUCAUGACCAUGGUCUAAGAGCGCACGCUGGCUUUGCUCGCAAUGAUUCAGGUGGAUCCACUAGAGGAUUUGAUUCUGGUGUCCCUAUGCCUUCCUUAAAUUCAUGGUCUUCUAUUGCUCCUGGCAUGGUUUAUCCACCAAUUCCUCCUACUUUGGCUUCAGGAACACAGCUUGAUCCUUCAGUAGCUGUUCCUUCUUCUGUUCCUGGGCACACACCGCCCCCAUUUGGAAGGUUUGCUGGUUCUGGCAUGACCCCUGCAGUUCCUCCUGCUGCUUCUCCAUUUCCUGGGGCUGCACUUCCUCCCACAGUCUUAUCUGGUGAUGCAUAUGGCAUGUCCAAUAUGUCUGAACGUCCAAAAAAGGCUUCCGUGCCAAAUUGGCUUAGAGAGGAAAUCAAGAAAGCAGUGAUCACAAGUUCUGUCGACCAUCCUAAGGAGGAUGCUGAACUCAUGGAGGAUCAAGGCGUUGACAAGUCUUUUGCGAAGGGUGAUCAAACUGAUAGUAAAAGUAUCGAUUCAUCUAGGUCAACUGAAGAAGAAGAUGAUGAGGAUUUUGUGGAAGGAGCAAGAACGGCAGCAAUAAAUCAAGAAAUUAAGCGUGUGCUGACUGAAGUUCUUUUGAAGGUUACUGACGAACUGUUUGAUGAGAUUGCUACGAAAGUUCUGGAUGAAAACGAUCUUGCUGUAGAAGCCAAGCCAAAUCAGAAUGUCUCUUCAUCUACCUUGCCAGUCUCAACACCCAAAGCUUCUGCCAAGAUUUUGAUUCCAGUCAAAAUUCAGGAACCUGAUAAUGAUGAUACUAGUGAAAAGUCAAAUUCCAGCUCACCUGGAGAUGUACUUGGGCUUGGAAAUUAUGCCUCUGAUGAUGAAAAAAAUGAUGAUAGAGAUGGUGAAAGUCAGAGUUUAAAUGUGCAAGGUUCCAAUAUAAAGGUCAAUAUGGAGCCAUCAAGUCCCAAAAGAAAUUUAAGAGAGAUGCAGGAUGCAGUUAGGAAUGCUAGCACUCAAGGAAAUGUUAUAGAGCACGGUGGAAAUCAUGCAAUAAGUGAAACCAAUGAUGGUUCAACCAUCUCAGUUAAUGAAACGAGUAAAAGCACAUGCUCAAAUAAGUUGAAUGGUAAUUGGGUGGAUAAAGAAAUGGGUCAAGAACAUUCAUUGAAUCCAAGCUACAAAGGUAAAGAUAAUGAAAAAAAACUUGGUGAUGGAACUGCCUCUGGGACAAAGGAUAUUUUAGGCAUGGUAUCUGACCAGCAUGGGAAGAAUGUGAGUGGUAAAAAAGGAUCUAAAGAUUCUCCAGAUGGGGAAACUAAAAUAAAACCUCAUAAAAGUGGUAAGCAGGAGAGUAUGAGGGGUUCUUCAUUGAAAGACGGUGUUAAGGAUGAAGGGGAGGUAAAAACUAGAACAAAUGAAAAAGCAGAUGAGAUUCGUCGGAAGCAAGAUCAUAGGCACCUGAGGAAGGAAGAGAUAGAAGAUCAGAAUACCCAAAAGGAAAAAUUGAAGGACCGAGGUGUUAAGUCUGGCGAGAAAGGUAAGGAUUUUGACUCUAGACACAGGUCUACGCAUCACAACUCAAAGGAGGAAAGGAGAGAAGACAAGCUUCUCAGGUCUAGCACUAAAGAUGGCACUGACAGAAAAAGGGACCAUGCAAAGGAUGAGGAAGGCAGAAUGAGACAGAAAAUUUCAAAUGACUCAAGUAGGCACAAGAGCAGUAGAGACCGAAAUAAAGACAAGGUAGUUGAUCAUAAUUCAAGUGAUGACUCAGAUGUUUCUAAAAGGAAGGUGAGUUCAAGAAAACGUGACAAAUCCCCAUCUCCAAUCAGGUCUAAGAGAAGACAAGUAUCGCGGUCACCACAUAGCAAGCACUCUCAGCGCAGGCAUUCUCCCUUCUCUUCUCUUGAAACCACCAGGUAUGCCGCAAUGUCUCAUAGAUUAAGUUUGUGUAUAAUGCUGAAAAUGGUUCUAUUGAAUUUCGAUAUCAAAUUCACAUUCAUAGGAAAGAACGAAGCCUUCUCAGUGGACAUUAAACUAUUAUUGCGUUCAGAUAACGACAACCUUCACAUGGCCGGUGCGGUGGCGUGCACCGUUGCUGACGCCGCCGCAAAUGGAAGUGUGGCAAUUGAAGCAGGACUUUGCUCAAUCUGGCUUUCCGGAUUGCUAUUGAUUGCUCUCUCGUUAUAUGCUACUCAAUGUUUGCCUUCCUUCAAGGAUCGUUUCGUGAAGCCCACGCUUCGGUCCAGAGCCUUUGGCGAUUCAUUCAAUCCUUCAGUUUCAAUUUUCUCUGCGCCUCGCGCUUUUACUGGUAAUAUUGGAGUUCGACAGAGCUUAGCUAUUCGUUCAUGGCUUGCUCUGUCCCCUCAAAUUAAAGUUAUUCUGUUUAGCCAAGACCCUUCCAUUGUUUCUUCUGCAAGUUCUUUUAGUUCGAGGGUUUAUAUUGAUAGCGACAUUGAUUUUACAUUUCUUGGAACCCCAUAUUUCCAUUCAAUGAUGGUGAGAUCUCAGUCAUUUGCAUCAGACAUCUUUGCCUUUAUUGAUCCUGAAACUAUUCUUCUUCCUGAUUUUAUUUCCACUUUGAAUUACGCUUACAAACUUGACCGUGAUUGGCUGCUGGUUGCUUCAUCGCGAAACAUUUCGUACAUACCAUUCUACUUCAAUGAGUCCAACAGUUAUUUCUCAAUGGAGGAUCAACAAUUGACAAGAAUGCUGAAGGAGUUGCUCAAUGAACAUUGGCAAUGGAGUCACUGUGGAGGGAAAGAACUAUUAGCGUGGAACAACUGGGACAGUCCGUUGCACAGUGGAGUUCUUCCACCCUUCUUAUAUGGAAGAGGGAUCCAUAACCAUUGGGUCAUCAAUGAAGCUAUGGCAUCUGAAUUCAGGUUUGUGUUUGAUGCCAGUUGGACCAUCAGUAGUUUCCAUCUCCAAGAUCCUGACCAAUCAUCCAAUGGAAGAAAUGAACAUUCAAACUCGACAAGAAGUUGGGAAUAUUUUGGAAAUUACCUUCUUGGUUCACUAUAUGGAUCUUCAUUUCAUCCCCAAGCUAAACAUUCUAAUCUAAUGAAACUUGUCAAGUGUAAUGGGCAAUAUAUUCUGAUCAACACGACUGAAAACACACUGAAUCAACCAUUGCAUUUUGGGAGGAAGAAGAAACCUAUAACUUGUGACCAUGGUUUUCAAUCACUGGAGAAACCACAUGAUUGCUCAGUGACAAAUGGGAUAUCGUCUUCGACAACUUUAGAGCUUCCAUUUUCCUUAGAGCUUCUCCUUCCCCUAAUUGCAGACAAGAAUAAGACAAUUGUGCUGGCAAUUGCAGGUUAUAGUUACAAGGACAUGUUAAUGAGUUGGGUUUGCAGAUUGCGCCACCUACAGAUCCCCAAUUAUUUAGUUUGUGCUCUUGACUCAGAUACCUAUGAAUUCUCAGUCUUGCAGGGCUUGCCUGUGUACAGAGAUCCAUUGCCUCCAACCAAUAUCAGUUUCAAUGACUGUCACUUUGGAACAGAGUGCUUUCAAAGAGUGACAAAAGUGAAGUCCAGAAUGGUUUUAAGGAUAUUAAAGCUGGGUUACAACGUACUUCUUAGCGACGUUGAUGUAUAUUGGUUUAUGAAUCCUCUUCCCUUUCUUUACAGUUUUGGUUCUGGUGUUCUUGUAGCACAAUCUGAUGAAUACAAGAAAACAGGACCAAUUAACUUACCUAGACGCUUAAACUCUGGUUUUUAUUUUGCUCGUUCGGAUGAAUCAACAAUAGCUGCCAUGGAGAAGGUGGUGAAACAUGCAGCAACUUCAGGACAAUCAGAGCAGCCAAGCUUCUAUGAUACCCUUUGUGGGGAGGGAGGUAUUAAUCGUGUGGGUAGUAAUGAAUGCUUGGAACCUGAAACAGAUUUAACCGUUCAUUUUCUGGAUAGAAAUCUCUUCCCUAAUGGUGCAUACCAAGAACUUUGGAAAAAGAAAAAUAUCAAAACAGUCUGCAGGAAGAAGGGCUGUUUUGUUCUCCACAACAACUGGAUUAAUGGAAGACUAAAGAAACUGGAACGUCAGAUGUUUUCAGGCCUUUGGGAGUAUGACAUGAGCACAAGGAUGUGCAAACAUAACUUGCAAGGUCAAAUGUUGUGAAUUCCUUCUGCAAGUGGAGGAGCUUCCAAGGCUAAACCUAUACGGUUGGACAAUAAACUGAAUGAGGAGCCGUAUGAGGUGAAAAUCUCACGUAUGGUUCUGUUAUGUGGUAGUAAGGGUGACUUAUCUAUCAAUUUCUUCACUAUUACCCCCAAAAACCAAACUCUGCCUUACGUAAAGUUGCCAAGAUAUGCUUAACUUCAAGAUUUGAAAUCACUGCUCAUUUACAUGGUAUUGGCCAUAAUUUACAAUAACAUUUUAUAGUCUUAGUAAGAUAGGGAAGGAUUAAGGAUUUACCUGGUGUGAGAUGUCAUUGUUCGAGGAACCCUAGAUGCUUUCAAAGUAAAGGAUCGUCAAGGUGGAUUUUGAAAUUUUGGAAGGAUGAACUCCCACAUGCAUGAAUUUGGAAU